AUGGAAGGUGUGCGCGGUACUUCGCCCGCGUACUCCAAAACGGUGGUGAAACGUGAACAGCCUCGUUGGCUGGACGCCAUUAUCCACAUCCCGGUGUUGCAACCGUUGGCCGCAGGCACAACGCUGAUACAGCUGACUGCUCUGCCGCCGGAGAAUUAUUCAACGGCUUCCACUAAGGCCACCAAUGAGACCACUGCCGAUAUGGCUGCCAGGACAGAGGGCAUCUGCAACUACACGCUGUCCUCAGCGCCAAAUCUGAACUACUCAAUGGAUUCCAAUGUCUGGAAUCGGCCAGCCAACUACGCCACUGUCUUUGACAGUACUGCGAUUGAAAAAUUAAAUUCGCGUUAA